GAGUUAAUUCAAUUUGAGAAAGGUUCUGUUUCUCUCUCUCUCUCUAUCUGCCAUCUUUUGUCCUCACCACUAUCUGACACACUGCUCCCCUCUAUAUGGCGUAAACUCGAUAGCUGAUAGUGCAAGCAAAGCAAGCACCCCACUUUUUUUUUUUUGUUCUCUAAUCUGAGUCUCCCUCUCUAAAACUCCACUGUGUAUUCCUCUUUCUCUGUUAAAAUCUGCUUUUUUUGGCCUCUCCUUUUUUGUCCUCCCACACCACCUCUAUAAGCACCUCCUGUUUAGUGCUUCACUACCAAAACCCACCUCCAUAACUCUCUUCUCUCUCUCUCUCUACCAUUGCCUCGUAUUACUCUAAUUCUUCUCUUCUAAACCAAAUCACUUCCUUUUCUUUUCUUCUAACCAACCAUGAAUGCAACACAACACAAGGUGUUUGAUCUCGCCACUUCAAGUCCUUUUCAUGUCACUUUGCUCUUCAUCUCCAAUUGAGACAACUACAAGGUUUGGUUUGUUUGUAGCUGUCUCCAUUGAUUAUCUUCUCGCCGAGACAUAGAGACUGUUAUUUGUCUCUCUCUUUCUCUCUCUCUCUCUGUGUCUCCUUUUGAAGAGAUAGAAAUUAGAAAAUACCCAGAGUGGGAAAGUGUCUUGUUUGCUUAAAAAGUUGUCUUCUCAUGACCAUAUCCUGUGUGUGUGCCCUACUUCUGAGUCUCACUUUCUCAUCUUAAUUCACCUGAAGAUAAUGAGGUGGUAGUUAGUGCCGCUUCUCAACUCAAUUGCGUCCAACACCUAGCUAGCUUCAUCAUAUCAAAACGUUUUCAUGCGUUGCUAGCCAGCUUUUCAAACAUCACGCGAGUUGAUAAUUACUUAUUACUCCUAGCUAGCUAGUCCUAGGAUUUGAAGGUGAAACUUAGAAUUGCAAUCAUUUUGGCACUACUAGCCUAUACUAUAUACACACAUAUUUUCCUCCUUUGUUUCUUUUUUGGCCUCCAAAGGUAGCUAGGAAUGGAACUCUCGAGUCAAGAAGGAGAAAUCCCAAUCCCAAUCCCAAUAAGCAGCACUACAUAUGGUGGGGGACAUGGUAAUGGACAUGGUCAUGGACUCAUGAUUCACCAUGACCCUCCACACCACAACCACAUUAUAUCCUCCACAGCACCUUCAAAUGGCACACCUACUAUGCAGGAGGAUCAUGUGUACAAGAAAGUGGUGAGAUACAGAGAAUGCCUGAAGAACCAUGCAGCUUCCAUGGGGGGGAAUGCCACUGAUGGGUGUGGUGAGUUCAUGCCAAGUGGAGAAGAGGGCACCAUAGAGGCUCUCAACUGCUCAGCCUGCCAUUGCCACAGAAACUUCCACAGAAAGGAAGUGGAGGGAGAGCCCUCUUCAUGUGACUUCCACCCCUUCAGCAUGAGUGGAAGGAGGCUCAUUCUAGGCCCUCACAAGAACCUUCUCCCUCCUGAGGCUCUAGGGUACCCUACAGGUAACAUCCUCCCUUCCAGAAGUGUGCCACCUCACCAGAUGAUAAUGCCCUACAACAUAGGACACCUGCCCUCAGAGUCUGACGAGCAAGAAGAGGGCGGUGGAGGAAUGGUGCAGGCUAGACCAUCCUCCCAGAUGGUGAAGAAAAGGUUCAGGACAAAGUUCAGCCAGGAGCAGAAGGACAAAAUGCUAAACUUUGCUGAGAAGGUGGGGUGGAAAAUCCAGAAGCAAGAGGAGUCUGUGGUGCAACAGUUCUGCCAAGAGAUUGGGGUUAAGAGAAGAGUGCUCAAGGUUUGGAUGCACAACAAUAAGCACAAUCUUGCCAAAAAGAAUCCCCCAACUGCGCCACCACCUUAAAAGUACAAUAAUUCUAAAUUUCUAAUUAAUUAUCUACCUUUCUAAACUCCGUUCCAUUCCCCUCUACGUAUAAUUAUUAGCCAGCCGCAAGUGUUUCUUGACUUUCUUCAUCUCUAAUCAUCAUCAUCAUCAUCUGUUUCACUUCUCUUUGCCUAAAAAUAAACCCCUCUAGUUCUAGUAUCUAGUUACCAAUUAUAUAUAUACAUAUAUCACCACGUGUUGUAGUUAGGAAAUUGCAUCUGCAUUGCGUGAAUUAAGUUUUAGUUUCUGAGUGGUGUUUAAUUCUGGAUCUCCUCGAGCUACCUAGCUAGCAUUCAAGUGAUGGAAUCUAUGCAAUGAAUAGAGUCUGAGGUACUACAUGUAUUAAUAGAAUUACAUAGGGCUUUUGUAUGCUAGCUACUUUCUCUUUCACCUUACAAUUUCUGCUUCUGCUUUUGUUAUGCUGCAUCAUAUGUAGGACCUUCUGACAUCAUUUUUCAAGCGCCAUGAAAAUUGUAUGUUUGUCAUUAAUUUUAAAAUGA